AUGAGAGCCAGAGGAGUUGUGCGACGUGGGCCUACCACGCAGUGGGAGGUCCAGGUGGAAAAUGGCUCCUGGGUCGGCUACGAGGAAGAGGCGUCUGCUACCAUCGAAGCUGCCUACAGCAAGAGGAUUCCGAGCCUCGAGCUGCGCCUGGGCCCACGAGGCUGGAAGUAUGUGAUCGAUCUUGGGAACCAGGUGCAGCUGAACCCCAAGACUAGAAAGUCGCGACCCAUUCGCCGUCAGGAGGCGCCCAUCUCACCCUCCUCGCCAUCGCGAGGAUGCGUAAAGCUGACCGAAGCGGAGUUCGAGGAGGCUGUACAGUUCUUUGUGGAUAUGCAGACAUUGCCACCGGCUCCUCCGCGACAUGGCAUUUAA